AUGGACCGCCAGCAUGUCAUGGAGAGGCUUCGUGAGAUCCUCAAGCCAGAGCUACUGACGGCGGCGUACCUUUGGAAAUGGCCGUGGCCAAAGAGUCAACAACCUAACGGAGCAGAAGUCGGUCACUUCCACUUUCAGCCCAGUAGCGACCAGGAGCAGGCAUUCUAUGACCUGGUCUUUUACCAAGUCAUCAAACCAAUUAGCGACCUUUCACUUAACGCCCUGCUGGACACGGACUGGACGAGGCUCUUGCCAGAAUCCAGCCAGCAGGACUAUCCAGAGAAGGCUCUGGGCCUCAUCACGAUCAUCGACCAGUUUCGUAUCUUAGGCUCUGGAUACGGGAAGCGAUACACGAGGGCGUUCUUCGAUCCUCUUGCUGAGAAGCUUGCUCGUCAGCUCAUCGGCCUGCCAAUGGACAAGCGCCCAGAUGGCAAAGCCGCUUGGAUGUCUAGAGGUUACUCGUUCGAAGAAUGGAUCGUUCGAACCUUGUGGUUCUUCGCGCCGCCCGUCCACUCUGACAAGUUCAUGACAGCCGAUAGAGCGGCUGUUAAAGAAUGGCUGCACUACAUCAGAGCCGAGCUCGAAGAACAUUCGCAUCAAGAAGACCCGUUCGCGGAGCUCGAGCCCGCGGACGAUGUGGACAUCCGAGCCUUUGAGAGGAUACUCAUCGCCGGGCCGCCAAAGAAAAGCUAUGCCGAUCCAAAGAAGGAGGCGACCACCUAUGAUUACGCCUUUUGGUAUGUGAAGCCGCGUUGCCUGAUGGAAAAGCAACGGAGAGAAGUGGCUGACGCGUUCGCAGGUGGAUUCGGAUUCUGAACUCGCACUUCGCAGUGACGGACAUGUGUGGACAUUAUCCGUAUUGGAGGCGAUGGGAAGGAUUCGAGCUCACGGAAGAGGACGAGACUUUCAUGCGCGCAACGACCGUUUUCGGAUAUCUCCCUGAGGACGAGGCGAUACUGCAGCAGGUAAGGCAGGACAAGCUGGACGGGGUUUGGCAGCCGCUGCCCAGCAAUCCGGAAUUUGAGAAGAGCAAAAGAGGAUUGUGAGACCGGCAUCUCAUCGGGAAAUACUAGAGGAAGGCGCGACUGCCGCAACUGCCAUGUGAGUGCUCCCAACUUUAAUACGACCCCAUCUCUCCCUAUUCGACGGCCACCUCAGAUUUGUCUUCCUCAUUCUCAUCAUCAUCCUCAAUCUCAUUCUCAUUCUCCUCAUUCUCAUCCUCAUCCUCGUCCUCUGGAUCCUUUCAAAUCACACGAAAGCCAAGAUGGAUCCACGUCGGCGGCCUCCCUCGACCUCGCGCUCUACAUCGCGCUCGAGUUCAUACAGCACAGCCAUCAAUAAUGGGACGACGACAUCCUAUCGCAUCUCCAACCACAACGGCACGGGCACGGGCACUGGUAAUCUAGCCAGCACUUCACACACCACCACCAAGCGCGUCAGCACUUCAAAUCCCUUCUACACUGCCUAUGACACCACCGAGUCUAGACCGCCAACGAGACGCCAAAGCGCUGCCCGUCCUGGCACGGCAGCGACCACAAGACCUCGCACUGGCUAUUCCACCCUCGGCGUAGAGAAUCAGGAGGUUAUCUGUGCAGUUAGCGAGUCUCGGGGCAUAUCGCCGUCUGUGGGCCUCGCCUUCAUCAACCUCGACACCAGCGAAUCUGUGCUAUGUCAACUGAAUGACAGCCAGACCUAUGUGCGCACCACUCACAAGCUGGCGGUCUUCAACCCUUCUCAGAUCUUGGUCAUUUCGUCAAUCGCAAGUCCCAAAACGAAGCUCUUCUCCAUCAUCGAGGAUAGCCUGGAGAGCAUUGACGCGGACAUUGUUCUGCUCGAUCGCCAGUAUUGGUCUGAAGGCGCUGGGCUCGACUAUGUCGACCAGCUCGCCUUCGAAUCAGACGUUGAGUCCAUCAAAACAUCAGUGUCAGGCAAAUACUACACUGUCUGCAGUUUUGCUGCUUUGAUGAAGUAUGCGGAUUUGGGCUUGGCAAGAAGGUUCUCUUCACGCUCACUGCGGAUCAAAUAUGAGCCGUCCGAAGGCUCCAUGAUGAUCGAUGUUGCCACUUUACAAUCACUCGAGCUGGUACAGAAUCUCUGUAAUCCACAAUCGCGGGAUUGUCUCUUCGGGCUGCUCAACGAGACACUUACAUACAUGGGCGGCCGCUUGCUCCGAAGCAACAUCUUGCAACCAGUCACUGACCCAGAGACUCUGGGCAAACGCUAUGAUGCUGUCGAAGAGCUCAGUACAAAAGAAGAGAUGUUCUAUGCUGUACGCCAGGCGCUCAAGCCAUUCCUAGAUGGCGACAAGAUCUUGACGCAGCUUAUUUCCGUGCCAAAAGAAGCAUCGCCCUUCGUCGCGGAACAAGCCAUCAACAAUGUCAUUAUGCUGAAGCACCUGGUCUCGCUGGUCAAGCCUGUGUUCGAAGCAUUGACCGGGGCUCGGUCUGAAAUGCUGCAGACGAUUCGGCUCAUGUGCACCAGUGAGAACACGGAGCCAGUAGAAGUCAUCAUCAACAACAUCAUCAACGAAGACACAUCGUACGCUCGUGCGCCUCUUGACUUGCGCAACCAGCGAACAUACGCCGUGAAAUCAGGCCUGAACGGCUUGCUUGACGUCGCUCGACAAACCUACAAGGAGUCCAUGGAAGAUGCUCUGACACACAUCGAACAGAUGGCGGAAGAGCACAGUCUCCCCCUGCAGACGAAGUUCGACAACAAGCGGCAAUUCUUUCUUCGCAUUCGCGCCGAUGAGCUUGAGGGUAGAGAUCUACCGCCGGUCUUCAUUAACGUAUACAAGAAUAAAGAUUGCCUAGAAUUUCAGACUCUGGACAUCGUAAAACGCAAUCAGAAAAUUGGCGACGCACACAUGGAGGUCGUACUAAUGAGUGACAACUCCAUCAAGCAGCUCAUCGAGGACGUGAGGGGCCACAUGGCUAACCUGUUCAAGAUCUGCGAGUGCGUGGCAAUGCUUGACAUGCUUUGCUCUUUCGCUCACCUCGUCUCCAUCCAAGAUUACACUCGACCAAUGAUCAGCGAGACACUCGCCAUUAGAGCAGGCCGUCAUCCCAUCCGCGAGAAGAUCCAUAGCAACAUCAAAUUUAUUCCCAACGACGUCUACGCGACUCAGCAAACGCGGACUCAGAUCAUCACCGGCUGCAACAUGAGUGGGAAGAGCACGUACAUUCGCUCAAUCGCGCUUAUGACCAUCAUGGCACAGAUCGGAAGCUUUGUCCCGGCGCAACAUGCUGCUUUCCCAAUCAUCCGUCAACUCUUUGCCCGAGUCUCGUUAGAUGACAGUAUUGAAGCGAAUGUGUCUACUUUCUCGGCGGAGAUGCGGGAGACUGCGUUCAUUUUGCGCAACAUUGACCGUUCAAGCAUGGCCAUCAUGGAUGAGCUGGGCCGUGGCACCAGUACUCGAGACGGUAUUGCAAUUGCACUAGCUAUCGCCGAGGCACUCGUCGAGAGUCGCGCCCUCGUAUGGUUUGCAACCCACUUUCGCGAUCUUGCCAACAUCAUGCGAGAACGCAACGGUGUUAUCAACCUUCAUCUGGCGGUUGACAUGAGCGAGGAUGAUAAGAUGGAGAUGCUGUAUCGCGUGGCCCAGGGAACAGUGGAAGAACAGCAUUAUGGCCUGAAGCUUGCCAAAGUACUCCCUUUUCCCCCAGAUGUGCUGCAACACGCGGAGCUUGUUGCUACGACAAUCGAGCAACAAACACAGCAGCGCAAGAAAAACUCGAUCGGUAUUGUUAAUGCUCGGCGUCGAAAGCUACUGCUGAAUGUGAAAGAGCAUUUGCUUCUAGCGCGGGAUAGCAAGAUGGAUGACACGCAUCUGAAAGGCUGGCUGCAGAACCUGCAGAAUGAAUUCGUUGCGCUCAUGUCGGCUCAAGAUGAGGAGGAGGAGCGACUUGCAGGAUGGGUCGAGCCAGAAGGAGAGGAAGACUUCCUCGAAGAGGAUCAGGCGGAGCAGUCAAUGGACAGUGCAGAGCAGUCUUUGCCUCGCAUCUUCGUAGACGGCUAUCUAACAGAGCACAACAGCGCAAGAAGCGAAGAAGAGUCAACGGGAAGGAGUACUGCUGGCGAUACUUCGCGCCAUAUCACCACGACUUCUUGA